AACAACAAGAGGGCCAGGCUUGGCUCUGUGAAUAUCGGGGCGUGCAAGCUAUCCGUCAGUCGGUUCAUCCAUCCAUCCAUCCACCCGUCCGUCAGUCCAGCGAAGGGAGCGAGCGCCGCCCGUGGGCCCUGAAGCGCGCCCCGCCUCCCGUGCCUCCUUCCCCCGUAAAGCGCUGCGCUUCACGCCGUGCCAGGAGCAGGACGCCGAUCCCACCCGGCGCCCAGGCGGGCAGGCAGGCUCGCCUUGGUUCCUUCGCGAGUUCCCGGGGCUCGGGCUCCGCUUCUGUGUCUCCGCCUCUCUCCCGCCCCCUUUUCGGAUGUUCGGGGCACCCGGAUGGAUUGAGUGAGCCUAGCGUUCGCCACCUCCUCCUCCCGGCUUAACUUGCUCAAACUUCCUCGGCCGGGGCAGAGCGCCGCCGCCGCCGCCCCCGCGGGCCCUGUUUUCCAGAAGAUGCACUAUUACAGAUAUUCUAAUGCUGAAGUCAGCUGUUGGUACAAGUACCUUCUGUUCAGCUACAACAUUGUCUUCUGGUUAGCUGGAGUUGUUUUUCUUGCUGUUGGACUCUGGGCAUGGAGCGAGAAGGGGGUGCUCUCAGACUUGACCAAAGUGACUCGUCUCCAUGGUGUGGAUCCUGUGGUGCUGGUCCUGAUUGUGGGGGUGGUGAUGUUCACGUUGGGCUUUGCUGGCUGUGUGGGGGCCUUGAGGGAAAACAUCUGCCUCCUGCAGUUUUUCUGUGGGGCUAUCGUGCUGAUAUUUUUCCUGGAGCUGGCGGUUGCUGUGUUGGCCUUCCUGUUCCAGGACUGGGUGAGGGACAGGUUCAGGGAGUUCUUCGAGAUCAAUAUCAAGUCUUACCGAGAUGACAUCGAUCUGCAGAACCUUAUUGACUCCCUGCAGAAAGCUAACCAGUGCUGUGGGGCUUACGGCCCUGAAGACUGGGACCUCAAUGUUUACUUUAAUUGCAGUGGAGAAAGCUAUAGCCGAGAGAAAUGUGGCGUCCCGUUCUCUUGCUGUGUACCAGAUCCUGCACAAAAAGUUGUGAAUACACAGUGUGGAUAUGAUGUCAGGACUAUGACAAAGAACAAGUGGGAUGAAUCCAUCUUUACCAAAGGCUGUAUCCCUGCUUUGGAGGCCUGGCUGCCUCGGAACAUUUACAUAGUGGCAGGUGUUUUCAUCGCUGUCUCCUUACUACAGAUAUUUGGCAUCUUCCUGGCCAGGACCUUGAUUUCGGACAUUGAGGCUGUGAAGGCUGGCCAUCACUUCUGAAGAUAAAAGCCCAACCCCAGCUGUGAAAGUGAAUCCAUUUCACUGUCAUUAACUUCGCAUCAAUAUGGAAAGAAAUCCACAAGCUGGCCUGGGAGCUCUCGGCUGCCUCUCCACCACCACCUCCCUCCAAAUUAAGUCUUCCUUUGGCCAUCGGUUGGAUAGUCACUCUGUUUCUGCUUUGUGCUGGUGCAGAAGGAAGAAGGGACACUAAACAAAGCUCAGAAGGCCUGAAAUCCACCAGGGCUUCCUUCCAUUGGUGGUCGGGACCAGGGGAGGGUGGUGGGUAUUGUGACCAAGAAGCCAAGAACUGACCUAUAAGUGGCAAAGAGUGAUAGGAAACAUGAGGGGGAAGAGCUAAGAGACUUCGGCGAGCCCGAGUUAAGGGCACAUUUAAGAGUCGUCUCAGUGUCGAUGUGUGCAGGAUAUCACUGUCUUAGAGCCUAGCUUUCUUGGCUCCCAGUUACUGUAAUCUGAAUUCUUCCUUUGCUUCACUGGUGCUUACCUUGCUGGAUAGAGAAAAUCCAGCAUUGGGAAGACAAAAAUACAUAGAGAUGUUUCUAUUCUGUCUCAGUGACACCCAUUGUGAAGAAGUUGAAUCACUUCCUGGGUAUCUUGUCUUUCUAAAGGGAAGCCCAGGGAAUGAGAGAGAGAGAAAGAAUGGGAGGGGGUGGGGGGAAGAGAGAGAGAGAGAGAGAGAGAGAGAGGAGAGAGAGAAUGGGGGGGGGAGAGAGAGACAGAAAUAAAGGAAAGCUAGAACUGUGUGUGUAUAUGUGUGUGUGUGUGUGUACAGAUGAAUUUAACUGGGUGCCAAGAGAAUCUGAAUCAAAGAGAGCAUGGAACUUCAACUGUGCAAAAGUCAUAGUGACCCUGAGCCAAUGUAGAUACUUUAGUUAAAAAGAACUUUCUUAGCCUGCUGUACCCCUGAGAGAAGCUUGUAAAUGGUAGAGCCUCCUUGAAUGUUCUCCCUAAGGCUUUUCUGAGGGCAGAAGCCAUCUUCUUUUGUUCCAAUAGCAUUAUGUUCCAAAGGCAUUUUGGGGGGAGGUCUGUGGGUUGGGUUUUUCUCUAAUAUGUUUUAUCAUUUUCUCAAAGUUUGUAAAUAGUUUUAUUUAUCAGGGUAAACACAUUCUCUCAGAAGUACUUUCAUGGUUUUCUUAGAGCUCCUUCCCACCCUCAAAAGCCUUGUAUCCAGGAAGACUUGAGUUCAAGGUCAGAGUCUUCACACAUGUUGACUGUGUGUCUUUGUGUGUCACUUAACUUCAGUGAUCCUUGCAACUCUCUUAAGGCUUAAGUUGGAGAGAAGUUGCUGACUUGCAUUGGUAGAGGGAAUUUCCUCACUUGGGAGUUCCCUAAGCCAAUGAAAUCACAGGUUCACUUCCUAGCCCCAUCCCUUAUCAGCCUGACAACAUGAGCUGGACUGAGACUAUUUUUAAGAGUCCAUAUGGGAAUUCUCUUGAGUAAUACCCGCUGUGACGCUGGGUAAUUUUUCUUGAGAACCUUUCACCUUUGCCCCCAGGCACAGGCAGUAGACCUAAUGCUUUCAGCCUGUUGAUUUUCAUUGCUACAGAAAAAGGUCAUGGGGAAGUUGUUCUUCCUGUUCUCUGAGACCAGGUAGCGCUAAUGACAAUAAUUGACCGAUAUAUUCAUUAGGGGUUCAUGAAGCCAUUCAGUAUUUUCUCUUUUGCUGGGAAGCUCUACUUCGUGAGAACAUUCCUUCCCUCGUUCUCUCCCCGACCUUCCCCCCACCCCUCCUUUUUUUUGAUUCCCAACGAGGCAGGGUCUCUUCAAUGCUUGUAUUGUCCACCUUUAUCGCAUCUUACCUAAGCUCCAUUGUCCCUUUCACAUUGCUUAUUUUUGUUUCUUGAUAUGUGUGUUUAUUACAUGAAAUCUGUUUCCUCUACUAAUUAAUACCCCCCUCUCUUGGCCUCCGUAAUUGGGGCAUAGUCAGUUUUGUGUUGGGCCAUUUACUAACAGUCAUUCCUGCUUAUAAUGGUGCCCCACUUGUUGUUCAGGGAUCGCUAUGUUUAAUGUCCAUGCCUAACAUGAUGUAAGUUUUAGUAUGGUGUAGGCUGGUAUUUUUUUUAAGUUUUGUAUGUUUGUAGACUAGGGAAAAGAAUGAUGCCUGUGAUUUUGGAAGUGUGAUACCUUUCUUUGACCGCCAAACUUGUUUCUUGUUGUUGUUUUUGAAUUAUAUCUUUAUAUAAAUGUUGACUUUUUCUUAUUUCCCAAGUGGUGUUAAGUAUCACAGUAGUAAAUAAACAUGGCUGCCAUGGGAA